UGAGUUCCCCGCCUUUUGAGUAUAGAAGCAGUAUUGUGAAGACGUCGCCUUCACAAUAAUAUCACUGACGUGGUUUCAUUUCAGUCAGUUUUUGAGCUUCUCGGAGACUUUUUCUGAACAUGGAGUUUCCUGUUCACAUUUGAGGCCGCUUUCACCAACAAUUAGUCGGUCAUGUUGCUACCGUCUGACGUCGCUCGGCUUGUUUUGGGGUACCUCCAAGAAGAGGGACUGUCAGCUACAAGCCAAGCUUUCAUUCACGAGAGCCCCAACCUGAAAGAGUAUGCCGAGCACACCACAGGAGAUGGGACUAUUCCUGCUUGCGUUUUUUCCAUCUUUGGGAAGAGCCUGACAACCAUUUUAAAUGAGUAUGUAGCUGCUAAAACAAAAGAGUCUUGUCAUGAGGUUCCCGUCAUGAUGACUUCAUUGUGGAAAAAGCUGGAUUUUACACUCAACCAGAUUAAGUCAUUGCAGAAUUCCCCUGCUAUAUCAGCAUGUCAGAGAACACGUUCACGUGUUGGAUUGGCAAACAUGGCUAGACAGCAGGUCCUUGCCGUGGCUUCUGCGGGUGCUGUUGUCUGUUCAUCGGUUUCUGAGACAAGCACCAUCAUCAGCCCAGCGCACACCUCCCACAGCAUGCUUGCCCACUCCACCCCAGUGUGCUACAGUGGUCCGAACAGCAGACCAGCUUCUGGCAGUGGCACAAUCCAGCAUAUUCAUGACAGCAGCCGAUUAAUGACUACACCCAGGGAUUCACCCAUGCAGAUCAUUGUUUCAGAGCAACGGCUAAAUCCAGGCCCAAUGUCUCCUGGUCGAAGGAAAUGGGACACCCCAAGGAAGAGAAGUGGUGCUCCGAGUGGCUCCAGUGCCCCUAGCAGAUCUGCUACAGCUGCUGGCAGCAGCAGUGCAGAACCCCAACCUGAAGAGGCUGUUGAUGAAAACUUCCCUCAGCUUGUGAUACAAAACGCACGUGACAAGAUACUGGGUGACAGGUCCUUACAAGAGAAACUUGCUGAAAACAUCAACAAAAUCCUUGCAAAUGAGCCAAUGCCCCAAACAUCAAAGGGUUCUUCAAGUACAGUGGAAACAGACCAGUCUAUAGAUGAAAUACUAGGAUUACAGGGGGAAAUUCAUAUGAGUGACGACGCCAUCCAUGACAUUUUGGAGCAAACUGAGUCCGACCCAGCUUUUCAGGCUCUCUUUGACCUCUUUGACUGCAAUAAAACUAAAUUUGCAGAUGGAGAAGCAGGAGAUGGCGAUACGAGCAGUAGUCCAGAAGAGACCGACACUGCUGGAACUACAUCUGCAAUCAGACUCCUUCAAAAUAUUGAUACAGGUGCCACACACAGUGAUUCAGCUGCUUCAGAUACAACACCAAUGACGGUGAAGAUGAAACCUGGGCAAGAGCGAAAGACAAGAAAGUCCGCUCCUCCAACACUGUUAAAGAAAACAGUUCUUGGUCCCAGUGGCAGAUCAUCCAGGAUUGAAAACAGUUCAGCCAGACUGAUAGUGAGUCAAGGGGAUCCCCGAGGUGUCUCAAGUGCUCCAAGAAACUCAAACAGAAAAGAAAAAGAUGCACUUUUCACUAACACUGUCAAUGAAACACCAAUGGAUAUUGAUGAACCACUGAAUACACCUCCCCCUCCUCCUUUGGACAGUUUGGCCACUCAGGAGCCUCCCGCAAAGGACAGCACUUCUAUCGCGCCUGUCUUUGGUGAAUCUUCCACAGAUCCCUCGCCAGUGGACUCUUGUGCUUUUCCUGAGCCAGAGGAAACAUCGGCCUCAAAUAUGAACAACCAAAAAGAACCUAAACAAUCACAAGAGUUUAAAGAUCAACCUGGUGCACCCGGAGCAUCAUCUUUGCCUCCCGAACAAGCUCAGCUGAACAUCACUCCAGCGCCCGCCGCUGACCUACCUCAAAUAUUACUCUCAAACAGUGGAGGAGAUACUCUACCAGUGUCUACUUUCUCAGUAAUAUCAAAAUCUGUCUUAAAAACAUCCUCUUCUACAGAUACUACAGCUUCAGCAGCCUCACCCUCAUCUGCUUUUAUUGCUGCCCCAUCUACGGCAACACCUGCCGCACCAACGUCUGCUUCUACCUCUGCAAGUCCAAGAGCUGCACAUGCCUCACCCGCAUCCUCGUCCUCCUCCUGUGCCCCCGUUGCCCCUCCUCCUGCAGCUUCAGUUGCAACAACAGCUGAUCUGUUAACCACAAGCAUCCCAAACACGGCUGCAACAGACUCCAGUAAUGUCAUGUCUUUGAAAAUAAUCAUAAGUGAUAACCAGGAUGAAGGUUCUUCCAGCGACACAGCCUUAAACCAGGCAAUUUCCAGCAUUUCUGGAGACAAGAUUCCCACCAUUUACGUUUCCUCCCCAGCUAAGCCGGUGGGAUGCCCUGAAACUCCAAAGGCCAACAUGGAUGAGGUGGCGCAGGCAGUUAGUGGAUUACAAAGUUCUGAGGCAUUUGCUAGUCCUCUGAGCAGCAAGGCUGGAGCAGUAACUGCAUCUCCACUAACUGGAACGUCACAGGCCCAGCAGAGCUAUAUAAUUCAACUACCCCUGGAUGCAACUAACCCUGCCCUCCAAGGAGCCAGCUAUUUCCUUGUAACAGAGCCCCCAUCUACCGAAGCUGAAGGCAGACAGGUGGUGCUGCCUGCUGGUGUCUCAAACGGACAGUCUUUACCCACAAAUCAAUAUGCGGUGACAACACCAACUCGCUCUACAAGUUACUCCACUGGGUCAGCACUCGUCCUGCCAUCACCCGUGAAGCCCAUGAUGCUUCCUGUUUCUGUUGUAGGACCGAAUCCUGUGGGGAAAGUGCAGAUGGUGUCCAAUCAACUUGUUGCCAUACAGAAUCCUGUAUCAGUAGAGCAGACAGAAACUGUCCCGUCCAAAACUCCCACCGUCGCAAGCAAACAACCUGUAGCUGCUGGCACUGAGAAAAUUCUGGGCAGUAAAGAGGUUCAACCUGUAUCAGCUGGAAACACAGACCAGCAGGAUGCAGAAAAAGGUGCCAGUCACAGGAGAAUUUUAUGUUUUGACUCUUCUGCAGACAUUCAACCACAAACUGCUAAAACAACUACAACCAGCACAGCCAUGACUGCAACUACAUCCCCAUCACCAUCUAUCCAGCAGACUGAGAAAACUAAUACAGAGUCGGUUGUUCGAAUAAGACCUACUAUCCUGGGUGGCAACAAACCCAAGAGGAGGGUAGAAACUGUCAGAUGUUUAGCAAGUCCGCAGGCUGGAGUAAGCUUAGUGAAGGAGCCCUUUUCUUUACAACAGUACCAGAAAGAUUCUGCUAAAAAGAGCUCUCGCAAGCAGGAUCAUAACACCCACAAGCAGGAGUCUCAAAGUGCCAGUACCAGCAGUGCUGAUGCUUCAAAGGUUGAGGCUGGAAAAAAGUCAGAAUCAGAAAAAAGAUCAAAAUCUGUUGAGAGGAAAUGCAGUCAGGAUGCACAUAAAGAUAACUCAAAACCUAAGGAUUCGUAUAACUCCAAGUCAGAGUCUGAUUCUGCACUAAAAUCAGGAAGUAGGAAGGACAAAGAGGAAAGCAGCAGGAAAGAAUCUGCAGAGAAGGUGCCUUUGAAACCACGUGAGGGACGUACAGAAAAGAAGACUUCCUCUCAGGAAAUGCCAAAUGUCACAGCUAACAAAGAGAAUGAAAUGAAGGGUAGCAUGCAAGACCAACAACCUUCAUCCUCAGCAUCAAGAAACUUGAGCCCUCCAGCUGUCCCUCAGCCAGCAUCUCAGAGUCAGUCCAAAGUUACAAAAACACCAUCUAAAACCAGUUCUCUGGCUAAACAGGCAGCUGAGAUGCUUCAGGACAUUCAAGGGCUCAAAUCUCCCGCGAAUCCAGUCAAAGGGCUUGGUGCAAGCAGUUCAGACCUUCCUGGAAGUGGCAGUAAGCAGGAAGCACCUGCUGAUUGUCCCAGGACUCCUCGACAGAAGGGAAAGGUUAAAGACGGAGAGGGUACUCCAAAGCAUCUAAUGCCUCCCAACACCCCAGAUGUACCUGGCUGCAGCCCUGCCAGUGAAGCCGGCAGUGAAAGCAGCAUUAACAUGGCUGCUCACACACUUAUGAUUCUUUCACGUGCUGCCAUCGCCAGGACAGGCAGUCCACUGAAGGACAGUUUGCGUCAGGAGGGGAUAGGAGAAAACUCUCCUACUAGCUCGAAGAACUCAAAGAAACGCAAGCAACCUAUUUCAGCAUCAAGCCCCCCUCCAAAGAAAGAAUCAAAACGAUCUCCCACCAAAAAGAAAGACCGAGAAAGAAAGAAAAUUAUAGAUUAUUUCCCUGAAGACUUGGAUGUGGAUAAGUUCCUGUCUUCACUUCACUAUGAUGAAUGAAACCGGACACGCCAGCAGGAAAGGACUGUCGUAACUUGUGUUACAAUCCAGAAAUAGAACAAGCCCUCUGAUAACACAGUACAUCUGGUUCCUGUUAAUAACUUUGCCUGAGACAUUAAAGUUGAAAUGGAUUUUUCAAAAAGUGUGGGAAUUUUGGCAAACCCCCUUCCCUCCAGUGAAGGUGACAUAUCUCAUGAUCAUGUUGCAACAGUAGCAAAGCAACCAUUGCACUUUUGAUUUUUUACACUUUUUACUCAGUAAUGAACAUGAGGACAUUGAUUUACACUCUGACUUAUGUUGUGGAACAGUUUUGAUUUUGGGCACUUUGGCAGAGUGGGUGUGUGUUGUUAAUGGUCGACUCAAAGAAUUGCCUUGGUCAAUAUUUGACUCCUUUGAUAAAUACUGGCCUAUUUGACACCUGACAGGUCUGUAUCUAAAAUUACACUUUGGAAUAUGUUUCUAGCAGACAUUUUUAAAAACACUGAAUUAUAGCUCCUGUUUUUGAGUUGAGAAACAUUUUGUUAUUUGAAAAAUAAAAAAACUAGUGUAAAUGUUCGUUUUAGUAGCAUAAACAUGUAUAUUACCUUUUUUCAGAAUCAGAUGCUUUGUUGAAGCUGUUCACAUUUGUAUACUUGGCUUCAUUUUAAUAAAACAAAGAAAAUCA